AUGGAAGUCAAACAAAAUUGGUGGAAAGAAGAAGUUGAAUCUGCGUACAAAGUAUUAGUAAUAACAUCGAUUAUGGGCGUUGUAUCAGCUAUGCUAAGGGUUGUUAAAGAGCUUAUUAAUCCAGCGAACUCUCAUUGGACAACUUUCAUACCUUUCACUCUGUCAUAUAUACUAGUUUGUGCAUUGAUAACUCUUGCUUCAAAAUCAAGUAGCAAAUAUAAAUACUUUAUCUUGAUAUUCAUGGCAGAGUUUUAUAAUAUUGCUUUGUCCUAUUAUUCUAAAAGACUUAUACAAGGCUCUUUCUUUGAAAUGUUUGCAUUUAUUCUUACUAAAUCACUCUAUUUAAAUUUUCACCAGAAUUUAAAGGGUAAUUUUUCUUUUAAAAACAAAACUAUAAAAAUAAUUUUAUAUAAUUUUUAGGCUAGGAGUGCUAACUUUGUUUCAGUAGUUUUCUUCUUAAACUAAUUAUAGAUAAAUUUAUGGUUUGGCAAAAAUAAUUUAGGUAUAUAAAGCUUUUACAUCGGUGGAUUAAUUUCUCUGCAAUGGAAACUUUGCUGACACUUUAUUACAAUUUAAAAGGGGGGAGUAAAGCAGAUAUCUUAGAAACCCUAAUUAAUGGGAAUAUUAAUUCUCUUCUAAAUAGCAAUUUUUUUUUAUUUUAUAUUUAUAUAUAAAAAGAAAUUCUAGAUUAUUUUGUUAGCUAGCAUUUUUAAUAAAUUGGUUUAACGAUUAUAAAUCUUUGAAGAAAAAAAUUAUCAUCUUAUAUGAACUUAAAUAUUUUUUUUUUGCUAUUGUCCUGAGUUAGAGCACAGUAUCAAUUUCCUAUAACGCAUACAAAAUUCGGAUACUCUUGUAUUAUAAUUAUUCAUAUGUACCUUUGGCAUUAUGAAGUUUAUGAUGAUUUUUCAAAAUUAGUUUUUCAUACACUAAUUUUUCUUUUUACCUGUGGUGUCUUUUGAUCUCAUUCCUUAAAAAUUUCAUAUGAGCAUUUUGCUUACAGGAAUCAGCUUGAAAUUACAGCGAACCGAUUAAACACAAUUACACAGUCACUUUUUGAUGGAAUAAUUAUAGUUUCAUCAUCAGGUGAAAUUAAAUUCUUUAACGAAAAAUCUUUGCAUUUAUUAAACAUAGAAGAAAGUAAUUUAAAGCAUCUGCUUUGUGAAAUUCAAUAUGCAAAUAAAAAAAAAUUUUCCCAUUUUAGUGUCACCAAUCUGCUAUGAGAUGAUAUUAAUUAUCUUCUUAGCAAUCCAAAUACACUAGAAAAUGAAUUAGGAAUAACAUUAUCGGCUGCCAUUAACCUUGAAUGAAAAGCUUGCAAUACAAUUUGGGAAGGUCAACCUGCAUUAUUUCUUUCAAUUAAAAAUGCAAAUCACAUUAUCAUUUUAGAAGAAGAUAUCGCUAAAGAAAACCUAAAAAACUUAAUAUUGCGUUCUGCAUCCCAUGAGCUAAAAACCCCUUUGAACUCAAUUCUUCACUUUACUAAUGAACUUCUUGAAAAUUUUAGUCUAAAAAACGAAGAAAUUAAGAAAAAAUUAAUGACAAUAUCAGUCUCAAGCAAACUCAUGGUAUCUUUAAUAAAUGAUCUUCUUGAUUAUUCAAAAAUUUUAGCAGAAGAGCUUAAAAUCAAUAAAAUACAUUGCGAUAUUAGAAGCAUUAUUAGCAAUACUUGUGAUUUAAUUCACCUACAAGCUGAAAGAAAAGGGAUUUCUGUAAUAUGCAGAAUUGAUCCAAUGCUACCCUCACAAUUUUUUAUUGAUCCCAUGAGGUUUAGUCAAGUCCUUUUAAAUUUAGUAACAAAUGCAGUAAGGCACACUUUGAAAGGAAAAAUUGAAAUAUCUUGCGUGAUGACUCAUAAAAAUAAAUUAAAGUUUUCUGUUGAAGAUUCAGGAAUUGGGAUCGAAAAAAGUGCUUUAGAAAAAAUGUUUAAAAAUUUAAAUUCUCGUGCAAUGCCUUGAAUUGAUUUAAAAGGUAACGGACUUGGUCUAUAUAUUUCAAAUUUAUUGAUCAAGCUUAUGGGUGGAAAAGGAGUUAAAGCCAAUUCGAUUCUCGGCAAAGGAUCGAUCUUUUAUUUUUCAAUUAAUGUCAACGGGCUAAGCAAAGCAGACUGUUUUGAUUUUCAAAUUAAUAGCAAUGAGCUUGAAGAAGAUGCAUAUCCUGAAAAAUCUUUUAGAAUGCAAAGUUUUAAGGACAUUGAAAAAGGUUCAGUACUAAUAGUUGAUGACGUUGAGUUUAAUCUGGAAGUUUUAGCUACAAUUUUAAAGGAAUAUCAAAUUUCUUUCAUAGAAGCCUCAAAUGGUCAAAUUGCUGUUGAUAAAGUUAUGGAGAAAGAUGCUGCUGGGGUACCAUUUAAAGCAAUUAUCAUGGACUGCAGCAUGCCUGUAAUGGAUGGAUGAAGUGCAGCAAAAAUUAUAAAUGCUUACUAUAAGGAAAAUAAAAUUAAGCAUCUCCCAAAUAUUAUUGGAUACUCUGCGUAUGACGCUGAUGAAGACAGAAAAUUGUGUUUUGAAAAUGGAAUGGUUGACUUUUUACAAAAGCCAUGCAAAUCUGAAGAUCUGAUCAGGACUGUUAUAAAAUAUUUAUAA